AUGGCUGCCAGUGGAGAGGUUGGGAAGCUGUUACAAGUACAAAAUGGGACACCUCCGAGCACCAACUACAACGGGGUAGAUGCUGUCCAUGCCUGUAACAUCCUUCAGCAGCUCAAAGCCUUGUAUGAUGAAGCACAGCUCACAGAUAUCGUUGUAGAAGUGGACCAUGGCAAGACGUUUUCAUGCCAUCGAAAUGUUCUUGCAGCAAUCAGCCCAUACUUUAGGUCCAUGUUCACCAGUGGCCUUACAGAAAGCAGCCAGCGUGAAGUCCGAAUUGUUGGUGUAGAUUCUGAAUCCAUGCACCUCGUACUAGACUAUGCCUACACUUCCAGGGUCACACUUUCUGAGUCCAAUGUGCAGGCCCUGUUCACUGCAGCCAGCAUUUUCCAGAUCCCUGCCCUGCAGGAUCAGUGUGCCCAGUUCAUGAUCAGCAGACUUGACCCUCAGAACUGUAUUGGGGUCUACAUGUUUGCUGAUGCCUAUGGACACCAGGAGCUGAGGGAACGCUCACAGGACUACAUCCGCAAGAAGUUCUUAUGUGUGUCACGAGAACAGGAGUUCCUCCAGAUGACCAAGGAGCAACUGGUCAGCAUUUUGAACAAUGAUGACCUGAACGUGGAGAAAGAAGAGCAUGUCUAUGAUAGCAUCGUCCGCUGGCUGGAACAUGAUCUGUCUAGCCGUGAAGCCCACUUAGCGGAAGUCUUUUCCAAAUGCAUCCGUCUGCCGUUGCUCGAUGAGGCCUUUCUCAGUCGGAUACCUGCCCCUUUCGCUUGUGCCCUGUCCCUUUCUAAGGACCCCGCUGAGGCAAAAGCCCGCCUUACUGGCACCAAUGGUUGCCCACAGCGCCUGGGAAUGACUGCUUCUGAGAUGGUCAUCUGCUUUGACGCCGCUCACAAACACUCAGGGAAGAAGCAGACGGUGCCUUGCCUGGACACGGUUACAGGGAGGGUGUUCAAGCUCUGCAAACCACCAAACGAUCUCAGAGAGGUUGGUAUCCUGGUGUCCUCAGAAAAUGACAUCUACAUCGCUGGAGGUUACAGACCAAGCAACAGUGAGGUUUCCAUAGACCAUCGAGCAGAGAGUGACUUCUGGCAGUACGAACAUGCGGGCAACAGAUGGCUUCCACGUGCACCUCUGCUGAGAGCAAGGAUCGGCUGUAGACUUGUGCACUGCUGUGGUAAACUCUAUGCACUGGGAGGCCGUGUAUAUGAAGGUGAUGGACGGAAUGCAUUAAAAUCAGUGGAGUGCUACGAUGCUAGGGACAACUGCUGGACAGCAGUCAGUCCGAUGCCAGUGGCCAUGGAGUUUCAUAGUGCUAUUGAGUACAAAGACCGCAUUUAUGUCCUCCAAGGCGAAUACUUCUUCUGCUUUGAUCCUCGAAAAGACUAUUGGAGUCAUCUCGCCCCAAUGAGCGUCCCUCGGAGUCAGGGUCUGGCUGCCUUGUAUAAAAACUGCAUCUACUACAUUGCCGGCAUCUGCAGGAACCACCAGCGUACCUUUACUGUGGAGGUCUAUGACAUUGAGAAGAACACGUGGAGUCGCAAGAGAGAUCUGCCCUUUGACCAAGCCACUAGCCCAUACAUUAAGGCAAUGCUGCUGCAAGGCAAGCUACACCUUUUUGUACGAGCGACACAGGUCAUGGUGGAGGAGCAUGUAUUUCGCACCAGCCGUAAGAACUCCCUUUACCAGUACGACGAUGAGGCAGAUAUAUGGACCAAAAUCUACGAAACCCCAGACCGCCUCUGGGAUUUGGGUCGCCAUUUUGAAUGUGUGGUGGCCAAACUUUACCCACAAUGUCUACAGAAAGUGCUUUGAGGUAGCGUGUUCUGCGAACCCAAUCUAUGAGGCAGAGGGAGUUGAGUGGUCCUGCCUGCCCCUGUGCCUGGUGUUACCUUGGGUUUGCACCACAAGGACCAUUUUUUUUGUUCAGUCUUAAGUUGUUCAGUUUUUGGUUUAAUAUGAUCAAAACGGGGGUGCUUUUAAAGAUUGCAGUAUUUUAUUUUUUUUGUCAACAGCACCAACUACCCACACUGAUGCUUCUAUAACAAAACCAUACAAUGAAUCAUAAGUGCAAUUAUACUAUUUUUUUGCUUGUUGUUGAGCCAUGUUCUAUUUUUGUUUUAGAUACAUAUAUAGGUAAGGAUUUUUACAAACGAUAAGCAUGCGAAUUAGGAUGUAGGUGAGUUAAAAGUGCCCCCUGGAGAUGUGGAUGCUACAUGAAAGCAUAAGUGAAAAUCUAUAUAAUAUAAAUAACUAUAUAAACUAUAUAUUCAUACGGGUAAGAUGAGUACCGUAGCUCAUUAGUUGGUUGCUGGCUCUGAGGUUUGUGUGUAUUUUUUUUUUUUUUUCUCUUUUUUGUGCUCAAGUCUUUCUGCAGCCUAUUUUUUAGAUGAUUUUUAAUUUGAAGUGUGCUUGUCAUUUACAUUACCUUAGUGUUUUGAUGCUUGAAGCUUACAUGAUAUUUUUAUGGUCCUCUCUUCCUUCACAAACGUCAGCGUGUCAAACAAUACACUUGUGUGUGGCUUCCAAACUAUUUUUUAAGUUUAGUUUGAGGUUUUAGUCGCACGGGGGCUCAUACCUCUCAGUCUUUAAGUUGACAUCCAUUUUGUACCACAUGCAAAGACAACUUAAGUGAAACGUUAGGAUACUCGCUCUCCACAUUGGAGAAAUAAGGAUGGAGUCAAAUUUGUGGCAACACUAAGUGGACAGUACAGACCAACUAACAGGUUUACCUCAGAAACCUCAGAGAUAUUUGACUAGGAGAAAAGGGACAUUUCAGGCUAUCGUGUUGAUGAAGCAACCGUGUGAGGUUGUUUUUUAAUGUUAGAUUAUUAUAAUGAUUUAAAAAAGGUUGAAUGAGCCUUCCUCUCAAAUGCCAAAACAAGCAUUAGGGGUUUUCUUGUUAUAAUUGAUCUGGACAAAAAUUUUGUGGUAGCAAUAAUUAAUGGAACUGUGAUUAGGCGUUCUUGCAUUAUAUUACCUUAGUAAAAGUGCAUUAAUUGUUUUGUGUGCUCGUCUCUGCUAGUGAAAAUCACAUAGGUUCCUAUAGUGUUUAUUUGGCUGUUGCAUGGGUGCAGGCUGGAAGUGAUGCGUAAUUUAGUGCAGACCAUUUGGGAUGCCAGUGUGCCUGUGGCUGGAAAAGGGGCAUCAGAAUCAAUAGCUGUUUCUCCUGAUGAAGAAAAGUCUUACUCAGCGUUGCACUGAAUCACUCUCCACUUCAACGGUCCUUAACUGCAAACUUUACGAAGCACCCUCCUGUCAAAGCAGACUAUACACACGUGAGGGUGACCCAGGUUGUGUGCGAAUUCAUCCAACGGCCAUGAAUCCGUCUUUUUCACGCCAUUACACAGAGGACACAAACUGUUGGUGCUGCUUUUUUUUUUUCAAUUUUUUUUUUUUUUUUGACAAUCUUGUAUAGAAGUAAUCCCACCACCGAGUGGCGUUCCUUGUCAAGAGUGUGACAUUUUUCAGUGCCGUCUAUUUCCUCAUGCAAGUUCCUGUGUCAUCUUUGCACUACACAUUUCCCUCGUAUUUUAUCUCAAUGAAGAGUGCCCCUCUAUCACGGAAAGGUUUUAGUAACCAUAUAGCAAUCAUUUAAGGGAUUUACAUGGAAAUACAUACCAGAAGAGUCACAUUCAGUAAAGACUUGAGGACAGAAUAUAACUUCUCCAAGAGAAGAUCCACCAAUGACUGACUUUGAGAUAUUUUUUAAUUGACCUGGCUUGAACGGUGCCCUCGAAACAACCCUCAUUAAGGGUGAGAGAAGGUUUGAGCUUCAUCCACAUGUCUACAGACGGCCAUUGGAGAACCAGGAACAGAGAACUCUCAGGAUUUCUACUGAUACACAGUACUGUAUUUAAAUGUUUUGUUAUGUGUAAUAUACUGUACUAUAGGUUUGCUGUACUUGCACAGUUUUAUAAACUUAUCUUCAGUUUCUUUUAUAACUUGAAAAAUAGAUGUGAUUUCUUUAUGUUGUCUUCAGUGGCUGUUUUUUUUUUUGUUUUUUUGUUUUUUUUUUUUAAAUGUAAUUACCUAUUUAGUUAUGGUAGAGGAAUCCUGCUCUGUUGAGAAACAAUGAUAACACACAGGAGUGAUACAUUUUGAUUUUUGUUUUCCCUCAGUAGUGUAGUAGUAUGCCUUUUAUUUAACAUCUCACUAAAACUAAGCAUUACAGAUGAAGUAACUACAUUGUUACGGCAACUUUCAAACACCAGUCACAUAAUGCAACAAGCUAAGAAAACGCUUUCCGUGUUCAAGAAUUGGUAGCCUCGGGCUGCAGUACAUAGCUAAUUUCCGGUCAUCUGUUUGCAUCGUUUAAGGGUGCUAUUCCAUUGUGUUGUUCAUGCAUUUCUUUCCUCACUUUUACUUUGCUGGUUUGUCUGUUUGGGGUUUGGGGUUAUAGUGGUGGUUGAGCUCAACUGUGAAAUUCACAUUGCACAUAAUUUCAAAAUAAAACUAUUGAAAGUGA